AUGGAUAUUAUAAAGGGGAACUUAGAUGGAAUUUCAAAACCAGCCUCAAAUUCAAGAACACGUCCUGGGAGCAGAGGUUCAAAUACUUCUUUGGAGGUGCUCUCACCGGAACCAGCAUCCUUCAAGGUUGAUGCUGCAAUCAAGUUGAACUCUGGUAAAGAGAACUACUCAGACAGCAGUAAUGCAGAGGAAAGUAGAAACGAUGAUGAUAAAGGGGAAAAGGAUUCUGAGAAACCAAAAUUGGUGGAGGAUGGAUCAGAUGAAGAUCUGAACUUCAUUCAGCAUCAGACAAUCCCUGAAUGUUCAGAUGAACCCGAAUUAAAAGAAUUAGAUUCUCAACUUCAAGAUGCCAUUCAGAAGAUGAAGAGGCUUGAUAAGAUAUUGGUGAAGAGACAAUAUAGAGAAAAAGAAAUUAAGAAGCAAGGUCUAGACAUGAGAAUAAAGCUGUGGGAAGAACUUAAGUCUGCAAAAACUAGUGAAACUUUGCAAAGUAAUGAGGAGAUGGAAAAUACAAAAAAGUUUCUAGCUUUGACUGCUGCAUCAGAAGAAACUAUCGAUCCUUCUCGCUAUGAGCAUGAAGAUACCUUUUUCUCAGUGUUUCACACUCAAGUCCCUCCAGAAGAAUAUGAAAACCGUAUACAGAAUGUCAAUCAAGAUUUUACCUAUGAUGUGGGAGGAAACGAGUCAUUGAUCAAAGCAGAAAAGAAGCCUUUUUCAGAUACAGAAAAGCCUGAGCUCAAGGGUAAACACAGCCAGGAUUUUAUUAAGCGAAACAUUGAGUUGGCCAAGGAUUCAGGAAAGCCAGUGGUUAUGGUUGACAGAGAGAGGAAAAGGCUGACUGAACUUUUGAAGGACUUAGAUGACAGAGAUGCGGGGCUGUCCUGUCCUGAGGGCCAUCAGUCUGGCUGGCUGGUCCCAGGAGAAGGAUACACACUUGCGAUCACCCAGCACCAGCAGCUUGCUGAAAUUGACUCAAAGCUCCAAGAACUUUCUGCAGCCUCACCAACAACUUCCAGCUUUUCUCCAGGACUUGAAAACCAGAGUGAUCAGGAACCUGACCUUCAUGAUGAUGAUAGAAAUAUGGAAAUAACUCCAGGAGAAAAGGUGCUUCGGAACACCAAAGAGCAACGGGAUCAGCAAAACCGGCUGAGAGAGAUAGAUGACAAGCUGAGGAAGCUGAAGGAAAAUGUGUUAGAUUCAACAUCAGUUCUCUCUGAGGAACAGUUAAGGUGUCUUCUGGAUGAAUGCACACUCAAACGAAAGUCCAUGAAUAGACUUCCUUCAGAAAGAGAAAAGGAAGACAUUGAGGAUAUAACACCUGAGGUCCCUCAUCUUUCCAGAUCUAUCCUCUUUGAGCUCCUAAAUGGAUUAGAAACAAAGGUCGAAAGCACAGAGGUUAAAGAUGCAGAUAUACCCGAGAAUGCGGAAUGUGAGACAAGUAGAGGCCACUAUCUCACCAAAGCCUUGACUGGCCAUUACGUGUCCCAGGCUCUUGUCAUCGAAGCAGAGAAUUUGAAAUGCCUCCAAUUUUCCGAGGACGAGGUUAUUACUGACACCAAAGACUACUUUAUGUCAAAGACUCUUGGCAUUGGAAGACUGAAAAGGCCCUCUUUCUUGGAUGAUCUACCGGAUGGCAAUAAUGUGAGCCUUUCAUCUGAAGACCAACAUCUGAAAGUCAGCCCUCCAGAGAAACCAGAAACGGGUGAACAGGAGACUGAAGAUGUGACGGAAGAAUGGAAAGAAUCUUAA